UGGUCCAUGUACCCGCGCAGGCGUGCGAAUUAGUUUUCCACCAGGAAGGGAAAGGGAUUUAAACCUUUGGAGAAAAGCGGAGGAAGAUCAAGAGAUGUUGGAAAUUUCUCCAAGGGCCAAAAGGACUGUAUCGAGGUGGAUGCAGUCAACGGAACGUUGAUAGAUCGCAAAACUUCCUCAUUUGCAGUAUUUUCCCAUUGGAGCUUUUCAUUGAGCUAAUGGGGACACGAUAAGAACGACAGCCACCAUGGGAGGAUGUGUUGGAAGAGAGAGUGGGGACAGACAGGGCCACGGGUCGUCCAGGAACGGUGGAAGAACACACAGAAAGCGAGGAGGUCGCAACGAGCCCCUUAAGAAGGACAAGCUGAAGUGGAAGAGCGACUACCCCAUGACCGAGGGCCAGCUCCGCAGCAAGCGGGACGAGUUCUGGGACACGGCGCCCGCCUUCGAGGGCCGCAAGGAGAUCUGGGACGCCCUGAAGGCGGCCGCCGUCGCCAUCGAGUGCAACGACCACGAGCUAGCCCAGGCCAUCGUGGACGGAGCCAGCAUCACACUGCCGCACGGUUCCCUGACCGAGUGCUACGACGAGCUGGGGAACCGCUACCAGCUGCCGGUCUACUGCCUGGCCCCGCCCGUCAACCUGAUCUCGGAGCGGAGCGACGAGGAGGCCCCCGAGCACCCGGAGCCGCAGGCGGCGCCCAAGAAGGAGUUCCAGCUGAAGGUGCGCCUCUCCACGGGCAAGGACCUGCGCCUGAGCGCCAGCAUGGCCGACUCCAUCGGCCUGCUCAAGAAGCAGCUGCAGGCCCAGGAGGACAUCGACGCCACCCACCAGCGCUGGUUCUUCUCCGGGAAGCUGCUGACGGACAAGACCCGCCUGCAGGACACCAAGAUCCAGAAGGACUUCGUCAUACAGGUCAUCGUCAACCAGCCGGCCGUUCCCGACUGAGCCAGGCGGAGGAGGGGAGGGGAG